GUGUCUCUCUCUCUCUCUCUCUCUCUCUCUCUCUCAGAUGGCGUCAACUUCUGUCCGACUGGCGCGGCAUUAAUCGCCAGGCUGUCCACAGCUGUACUCCAAAAUCUGUGUGCAACAAAUGCUCGUCCUUCUUUCUCCGUACUGCCCCUAGAGAGAGAAACCUUAUAUAGAGAGGGAAAGAGAGGAGAUUUUGUUACGGUUAACACCAGUCAGAAUCCUAAGAGCAAAACCUACAAUAUGAGAAAGAUAGCACUGGGAGUGUUUGGGAAUGCUGCUACUAGUACUGAUGCGCAUUGCGCACCGUUUCUAUGCCCAUUCUCCUCCUCUUCCACCUCCCACACGCAUCCCCAUGUUCUCCAGCCUGUUUCUGUUACACCUCUCUCAUCUUCGUCUUCUUGUUAACAGACUUUAAAGUCUCACUCUCUCUCUCUCUCUUUUACUUUGUCUAAAACGCACAGUGAUUGUUGGUCUCUCGCUUUUCAAAAAACCUAACUGAGUAGAAAGGGGCUCAGAGACAGAGUUAAUGGAUCCCUGCCUUUUCGUGCGCCUUACCGUCGGCAAUCUCGCUGUUAAAAUCCCCGUUGCUACUAAGCCGGCUCGCUCCGUUGUUCAUCCGUCUUCGUCGCCUUGUUUUUGCAAAAUUAAGCUCAAGAAUUUCCCGCUCCAAACGGCCGUCGUACCCUACAUUCUUCCUGAGAACAACCAGUUCCCCGAAGGGCAGGCUCAAACCAUUGCCGCCACCUUCCACCUCAGCAAGUCUGAUCUCGAUCGCCUAGUUGCAAAAUCUAUUUUCGCUGGGAAACUCUACAUCAAAAUCUCUAUCUAUACUGGACGCCGUGGCACCACCUGCGGCGUUAACUCGGGGAGACUGCUUGGGAAGGUCUCCGUUCCGUUGGAUCUGGCAGGAACAGAUUCUAGGGCUUGUGUUUUUCACAAUGGGUGCAUUUCUGUUGGGAAAGAAACUACCAAAGGAUCCUCUGCUCAGUUUCAUUUGAACGUAAAGGCAGAACCGGACCCAAGAUUUGUGUUUCAGUUUGAUGGCGAGCCUGAAUGCAGUCCUCAAGUAUUUCAGAUUCAAGGGAAUAUUAGGCAACCGGUUUUCACUUGCAAGUUUAGUCUCAGAAAUACUGGCGACCGGAAUCAACGAUCUAGGUCAUUACAAUAUGAGCCAGGCAGCUCAAGAAGCUGGCUCAGUUCGUUUGGAAGCGAAAGGGAGAGACCAGGCAAAGAACGAAAGGGAUGGUCAUUAACUGUACAUGAUCUCUCCGGCUCACCUGUAGCUACGGCUUCAAUGGUGACGCCUUUCGUUGCUUCUCCUGGCUCUGACCGAGUGAGCCGUUCUAAUCCUGGCUCGUGGCUUAUACUGCGCCCUGGGGAUGGCACCUGGAAACCUUGGGGUCGGCUUGAGGCUUGGCGCGAGCGCGGCGCCUCCGAUGGUCUCGGUUAUCGCUUUGAGCUGAUUCCAGACACCAACGGCGGGAUGAGCGCGGCCGGCAUUGUGCUAGCGGAGUCUACUAUGAGGUCGAACAAAGGUGGGGAAUUCAUUAUUGAUUUGGGCGCGAACUCCAAUGGACGGUCAACGCCAGUGAAUUCGAUGUCGCCGGUGUGUAGCCCAAGGAGCAGCGGCGAUUUUGGGUACGGGCUAUGGCCUUUCUGCAUGUACAGAGGGUUUGUAAUGUCGGCUAGCGUGGAAGGAGAGGGCAAGUGCAGUAAGCCUAGCGUGCAAGUUAGUGUGCAGCACGUGAACUGCACAGAGGAUGCAGCCGCUUUCGUCGCAUUGGCUGCAGCCAUCGAUUUAAGCAUGGACGCUUGUAGGCUUUUCUCUCAACGGCUGAGGAAGGAGCUGUGUCAAGACCGUGAUUUACUUGGCUGAUUCUGCCCUGCCCCGCCCUUCUUACGUUGUCGUUUUAUGUUAAUUUCUUCUUUUGUUCUUUUUUAUGUUAAUCUGGGUGGAUGGAUUUUGUGUUCCAUCGCAGUGAGUUUUUACUUUUUACUAUCUAACAAAUUUGUGUACAGUGAGAGAGCUUAGACAGGCACGCUCUGUUUUUACCUGUGUGGCUUGUAUUAGUUUUCUUUUUCCCCUGUAGUCUAUUGGAAGAAGAAAAGGCUUGUUUUUGAAGUACUGUAGUUGCUGACGAGGAAAAAAACGAAUCUUUUUAUUUUUCAAUCUGCUAUGUUAGAAGGGAUGAUGUAUGAGCUGGAAAUAUUAUGGCCUGUAGACCGUCUGUUUAAUAUUAUGGUCCCUUUUCAACUUUA